UAUAAUUUAUCAAAUUGUUGUUUCCCAAAUAAAAAGUAAACUCUAAUUGCCUAUUUAUCGUUUAUAUUCCUCAAUUUUCAACAAUUAUAGUUUAUCAUGUCCCAAAUCGACCUUGAAAAAAACCAAAAAGAAGUAGUCUCUUCUCACUCUGUUGACAAUGGCUCAGUAACUUCUCCAAAGAAAAGCUCUUCAAUCUUAGGCAAAUUAGCCUCUCUUCUUUUAAAAGCUGAGGCCAGAGGCGUUGAAAGAAUCCCCGAAGAAGAGAAAACUGAUAAUUCCUUAUGGUCAGCUGCAUCAAUGUGGUUAGCAGCAAAUUUAGUUAUUGGUACCUUUGCUCUUGGUGCUUUAGGCAUCACUGUCUUUGGCUUGGGUUUUUAUCAAUGUCUUUGUUGCAUCAUUUUCUUCAAUUUUAUGGGCACUACUGCUGUAUCCUUUUUCUCAGUUUUUGGUGCUAAAUUCGGUUUAAGACAAAUGGUUUUGACAAUUUUCUUGGUUGGUAAUUAUGGUAUGAGAAUCUUUUCUUUCAUCAACUGCAUUGCCUGUGUUGGUUGGGGUUCAGUCAAUAUUAUGGCUUCCACUCAAUUGUUACAUAUUGUCAAUGAUAGUGCCUUGCCUCCAUGGGCUGGCUGUUUAAUCUUAGUUAUUUGCACUGUUGUUGUCUCAUUUUUCGGUUAUAAAGUUAUUCAUACUUAUGAAAAAUUCUCUUGGAUUCCAAAUUUAUUUGUCUUUAUUGUCAUCAUUGCAAGAAUGUCCAUGUCUGGUAAUUUCACUCCUGGUGAAUGGGCCACUGGUAGAACUGGUGCAGGUAAUGUUCUUUCCUUUGGUGGUACUAUCUUUGGUUAUGCAGCUGGUUGGACAACUUUUGCUGCUGAUUACACCACCUAUAUGCCUUCCAACACCAAUCCUUACAAGAUCUUCUUCUCUGUUCUUGCAGGUUUAACAACUCCUUUAAUCUUCACCAUGACCUUGGGUGCUGCUUGUGCUACAGGUACUUUAUCAGAUCCUGCUUGGGCUGAUUUAUACAACGAGUUCUCUGUUGGUGGUUUGGUCUAUGCUAUUCUAGUCAGAAAAUCUUUGCAUGGCUUUGGUGAGUUUUGCUGUGUUGUAUUAGCUUUAUCCACUGUUGCUAAUAACUUACCAAACAUGUACUCCAUUGCAAUGUCUGCUCAAGCCCUUUGGUCAAAAUUCAAAGUCAUUCCAAGAGCCUUUUGGACUUUGUUUGGUAAUUUUAUCACUCUAGCUAUUUGUAUCCCUGCUUAUUAUGAAUUUUCAAGUGUUAUGCACAAUUUUAUGAACAUGAUUGGCUAUUACUUAUCCAUCUAUAUCGGCAUGAGUAUCUCUGAACAUGUCAUCUAUAGAAGGGGUUUCAAAGGCUAUAAUGUCGAUGAUUAUUUGGACAAAUCAAAAUUACCAAUUGGUAUUGCUGGUACUAUUGGUUUCUUCUGUGGUCUUGCUGGUGUUAUCUUAGGUAUGAACCAAACCUGGUAUCAAGGUGUUUUGGCUGGAAAAAUUGGUGAUUUUGGUGGUGAUAUCGGUUUUGAAUUGGGUAUGAGUUUUUCUUUUGUCGGUUUCAACAUUGUUCGUCCUUUUGAACUUAAAUAUUUUGGUCGUUAGUAUUUAUCUUUCAUCUGAACUGAC